GGACUCCCCCUGUCCCGGGAGCGCCGAGGGCUCGCCUGGCGGAGCUUAGCGCAGCCAGCUCUGCGUGGCGAGCGGGCGGGGGUGGACACUGGGCUUCUGUGUGCCAGUCGCAGCCGUUGGCUGGCGGGCGCCCAAUCCCGGGGCAUGCCGCGGGAGCCUGGCCAGGACGCACCGUGAGCGACGAGUUUGGUGGCAGGCUUGACCCCCGGCGGCCGGCAGAAACGCGCUCGGGAGCUAAGGCGCGCGCGCCGGGGGUCGAGGCCGCAGCGGCGGAGCCGAGGACCCCCGAGAUCGGAGGGAAGGAGGAGGAGAAGGAGGCAUGGCCUCGGUGUUCAUGUGCGGCGUGGAAGACCUGCUGUUCAGCGGCAGCCGCUUCGUGUGGAACUUGACAGUGUCCACGCUGCGGAGAUGGUACACGGAGAGGCUGCGGGCUUGCCACCAGGUGCUGCGGACGUGGUGCGGGCUGCGGGACGUGUACCAGAUGACAGAAGGCAGGCACUGCCAGGUACACCUCCUGGAUGACAGAAGACUGGAGCUGCUGGUUCAGCCCAAACUUUUAUCAAGAGAGUUGCUGGACCUCGUGGCUUCACAUUUCAACCUGAAAGAAAAGGAAUACUUUGGGAUAACAUUUAUAGAUGACACGGGUCAGCAGAACUGGCUACAAUUAGAUCACCGAGUCCUUGACCAUGAUUUGCCCAAGAAACCCGGCCCAGUCAUUUUGCACUUCGCUGUGAGGUUUUACAUUGAGAGCAUAUCGUUUUUAAAGGAUAAAACCACCGUGGAGCUGUUUUUCCUGAAUGCAAAGGCCUGUGUGCACAAGGGACAAAUCGAAGUCGACAGCGAAACCAUCUUCAAGUUAGCAGCGCUUAUUUUACAGGAAGCCAAGGGAGAUUAUAGCAGUGAUGAAAAUGCCAGGAAAGAUUUAAAGUCACUACCAGCCUUUCCAACCCAAACUCUUCAGGAGCAUCCAUCCCUUGCUUACUGUGAGGACAGAGUAAUUGAGCAUUAUUUGAAAAUCAAAGGACUGACUCGGGGUCAAGCUGUGGUUCAGUAUAUGAAAAUAGUAGAAGCUCUUCCAACUUAUGGAGUCCAUUAUUAUGCAGUAAAGGAUAAACAAGGACUUCCUUGGUGGCUUGGAAUAAGCUACAAAGGAAUCGGCCAGUAUGAUUUACAAGAUAAGGUGAAGCCUCGAAAAUUAUUCCAAUGGAAACAGCUGGAGAACUUAUAUUUCCGUGAGAAAAAAUUUGCUGUUGAGGUUCACGAUCCACGAAGGAUUUCAGUGUCAAGAAGAACCUUUGGACAAAGUGGCCUCUAUGUGCAAACAUGGUAUGCUAACUCUUCUCUCAUCAAGUCCAUCUGGGUAAUGGCAAUUAGUCAGCAUCAGUUUUACUUGGACCGGAAGCAAAGCAAAGCAAAAAUUCCUUCAGCCAGAAGUUUAGACGAUAUUGCAAUGGAUUUGACAGAGACAGGAACACAAAGGAUCUCCAAACUGGUGACACUGGAAGCAAAAAGUCAGUUUAUCAUGGCAAGCAAUGGCAGUUUAAUCUCCUCAGGUUCUCAAGACUCAGAAGUUAGUGAGGAGCAAAAAAGAGAGAAAAUUCUUGAACUGAAGAAGAAGGAAAAACUGUUGCAAGAAAAACUCCUGCAGAAAGUUGAGGAGCUUAAGAAGAUCUGUUUGCGGGAGGCUGAACUCACAGGCAAAAUGCCGAAGGAGUAUCCCCUGAACAUAGGUGAGAAGCCUCCUCAGGUCAGAAGACGGGUAGGCACUACGUUCAAAUUAGAUGACAACUUGCUGCCGAGUGAAGAGGAUCCUGCUUUGCAAGAACUGGAGAGUAAUUUUCUGAUACAGCAAAAGCUGGUUGAAGCUGCAAAGAAACUUGCCAAUGAGCCAGACCUUUGUAAAACCGUGAGGAAAAAGCGAAAGCAAGAUUACACAGAUGCUGUGAAAAAGCUUCAGGAGAUUGAAAAUUCAAUAAACGAAUACCGAAUUAGAUGUGGGAAGAAACCCAACCAGAAAGCAACAGUUUUACCAGAAGACAUAAUUCCAUCAGAGAGCAGCUCUUUGUCUGACACCACCUAUGAUGAUUCCAAUGACACCUUCACUCUUGCUGGUCAACGAUCAAGUUCAGUGCCUCAUUCUCCAAGAAUUCUUCCCCCCAAGUCUCUUGGUAUUGAACGAAUCCAUUUCAGAAAGUCGUCCAUCAAUGAGCAGUUUGUGGAUACCAGGCAGUCCAGAGAAAUGCUGUCGACACACAGCAGCCCUUACAAAACUCUGGAGAGGAGGCCCCAGGGAGGACGAAGCAUGCCCACCACGCCGGUUCUUACCCGAAAUGCCUACAGCAGCAGUCACUUGGAACCCGAAUCUUCCUCUCAGCACUGCCGCCAGCGUAGCGGAAGCCUCGAGUCCCAGUCCCACCUGCUGUCUGAGAUGGACAACGACAAGCCAUUUUUCUCCCUUUCCAAAUCCCAAAGAAGCAGCAGCACCGAAAUCCUCGACGAUGGGUCUUCUUACACCAGCCAAUCAAGCACAGAAUAUUACUGUGUGACACCAGUGUCUGGCCCUUAUUAUACCACCCAGACUCUGGAUACUCGCGCCAGGGGUCGGAGGAGGUCAAAGAAACAGAAUGUUUCUACUUCAAAUUCAGGAAGCAUGCCCAACCUCGCACAAAAGGAUAGUCUGAGGAAUGGUGUCUACUCAAAGAAUCAGGAGCCACCAUCUUCCAGCUACUAUAUUGCCGGGUACACACCAUAUGCGGAGUGUGACUUCUAUUACAGUGGUGGCUAUGUCUAUGAGAACGACACUGAGGGACAGUACAGUGUCAAUCCUUCCUACCGAUCCUCAGCCCACUAUGGAUAUGACCGCCAAAGGGACUACAGCAGAUCCUUUCAUGAAGAUGAGGUCAACCGGGUGCCCCACAAUCCAUAUGCAACUCUCCGGCUGCCAAGAAAGGCUGCUGCGAAAUCUGAGCACAUCACCAAAAACAUCCACAAGGCCUUGGUGGCUGAGCACUUGCGUGGGUGGUACCAGCGCGCCUCUGGGCAAAAGGAUCAGGGGCACAGCCCACAGACGAGCUUUGACUCGGACAGGGGAUCACAGAGGUGCCUGGGGUUUGCCGGGCUGCAAGCACCCUGUUCCCCAAGCAGUCAUGCAUCCUCCUACUCUUCAGUGUCUUCUACGAAUGCUUCUGGAAACUGGAAGACCCAGUUAACCAUAGGGCUAUCAGACUACGAGACUCCAGCACAUUCUUCUUACACCAGCUGUUAUAGCAAUGUCUAUAAUCCUUUGCCCUCUCCAAGCAGACAGUACACGGAGAUCAGUCAACUGGACGGUACAGAUGGAAACCGAUUGGAAGACAGCCUGGAGAGUAGUGAGCAGAGGCUCUUUUGGCAUGAGGAUUCAAAGCCUGGAACAUUAGUCUGAACUGCAGUCGGACCUCUUGACCGAGCACUGCGUUCUCACACUAGUGUGCCUUGCAAAAUGUAUGUCUUCCCAGAAGGUGGUCGGCUUUAGAAACCUAACAGCAUCAAAGGUUGAAGAGAAGAUUUAGGUUUCUCCGGAACUGAAUCACACACUAAGCCCUACAGAGCCCCUGAAGGAGGACUUGCCUUUCAAACUCCAGACGCUAACCCAACAGCAAGAUCUGACCACGUACUGAACCAUUGUCAAGAGAGGACUCAGUUUGAAGCCUUUAUCAAUAGCAAGCACUUUUUUAGGGAAUAAAAGUUGUUGAAGGCAAACCUCUAAACUGUAAAAAUACGUUCAGGGUGUCCGCAGGCAGGAAUAAGGAUGGGAAAUUUCGAGCACAAUUCAGAAUGAUGCGAGAAGGGAAACCAGAAGCGUCUGUGUCAUUGCUCACCAUCACAAAGUUUGAAUUCGUGAGCCAACAAAGAAUAACAUACUAUUUCUACAUGGACAUGGAUUAUUUAGACAGUAUUUGAAAAUUACUUGAAGAGAAAUUGGAUUUUCAUGAAGUUCUGAAUGAGUGUAAAUGUUUUUUAUAAGGAUAUUAUAGUGAUGUUUUUCAUAAGUACCAUGAAAUGGGUUCUGGAAAGACUUAUUAUUGAAGCAUCCUGUAAUAUAACUUAUGGUAGCAGAUUGGGGAAAAAUGAAGCAGUCCACUGAAUAAUUGACAAACUCUGCUUGGAGAAUUUUUUAAGGUACAAUAUUAUUGAGCUCCUUUUUUCUUUCUUUCUUCACUAAUUGCAUGAUGGUUAUUGUUUGAAGUGACAAACUUAGUAUGGAAAGUUUUUAUAAUUAUGAGUAGGAAAAGUAUUUUAAGAUGAUACAGAAAGCACCCAAAACAACAACAACAAUAACAACAACAAAACAAAGUCAUGGCAUUUUAGAUGAAUUGAGUGCCUUAAAAUGGUGAACAUUACAAAAUUAAACAUAAUGCCUGGAUUCCACAAUUUGUUCUGAGUCACCAAGUGACAAAAACAAGAUUUAGCAGUUAAAACAAAACAAAAUGAAAAAACCUCCAAGCUGCAGUAGAUUUAAUUAUGAGGCUAAAACUACCUCAUACUUUCCUUGGAAGAACUAAUUAACUAUGGUUUAUUGUAGGGUUUUUUGGUUUGUUUUUUAGAGCAAAUGAUUUCCAUAUUCUAGAUUGAUCUCUUUUUGCUAUCUUUGCUUCAAAAUUUCAUAAAAAGGUGCUCCUUUCCCCUCUUUUAUACAAGAUUCUUGUUCAUAUUGUGAAUAGAAAAGUUUCUGAACAACUUUUUUGGAACAUUUUCUAUCUAUAUUCCAAAGCAUGUAAUAUAUACAUAAAAAUGGUUUGUUAAACUGGUCCUUAGUCAUUUGUAUCAUUAGAAAUGAAGUUUGGGGAAAAAAAUUUGGAAAAAAAGACAGGCAAAAAAAUAACUUAUUUCUUUUUGCAUAUUUGUAUAGCCUUCUAGAAACAGAAAUAACCUUUUUGCAUAUUCUUUUAUUGUUCUAACUUUUUAGGACCUAUUAUUUUUUUACAUAGGUCAAUAAAGGAAAGGUGUGCUACUGAAAAUGUUUAUGUAUUCUUCUGUUUGUGUUUAGGGUUCAUACAAAGCUGUCUGAAGGGCUCUACUUCAAGUGAGCAUGUUGGACAAGAUUUCACAUUUUUAUUUCUGAUAUUACCGUAUUUUAUUGAUUCCAAGAUGUACGUUUUAUCAUAUUUACGUCUGAAAACAGGGUUCAUCUUUUGAUUGAUGGCAUUCCUAGGUGAAUUGGCAGUGUUUUUCUUUCUUAAUGGUACAUAAAAAUAAUGCUGUAUCUUAUAAUAAAGUCGUCUUAGAAUUGA